CAACAGCCGUGGGUUUAUGCUGACGGAGCGGAGCCAGCAGCGCCGGCAUGGUGCUGCUGGAGAGCGAGCAGUUCCUGACGGAGCUGACCAGGCUCUUCCAGAAGUGCCGGUUGUCGGGCAGCGUGUUCAUCACCUUGAAGAAGUAUGAUGGUCGAACUAAACCCAUUCCAAGGAAAGGUUCUGUGGAGGGCUUUGAGCCCUCAGACAACAAGUGUCUGUUAAGAGCUACUGAUGGGAAAAAGAAGAUCAGCACUGUGGUGAGCUCCAAAGAAGUAAAUAAGUUUCAGAUGGCUUACUCAAACCUAUUGAGAGCUAACAUGGAUGGGCUGAAGAAGAGGGACAAAAAGAGCAAGAGUAAGAAGAGCAAAGCGGCACAGUGAAGGGCACCAAAUUUCCUGCUUUCACCAACUAACCACUGAAUUGCUAUUUUUUCCUUUGGUUUUUACUUUUGGCCACAAAGCAAGGUUUCUGGGUCCCCCACAGUAACUGUUUUCACGUGAGAUUAGGGUUCUUUUGGAAAGAACAAGGUUGUAAUGUUUACAGUGUAGUUGUGGUAAGAGGCCAGUUUAUUUUAGAUCUGGCUAAUUGGUCUGGGCUGCAUGAUUGUAUAUUCCUGGAUUAUAGUUUAAAAGUCUCUGUAGUCAUCUCUGUGAAGAGCAAUUUAUCAUUAAACCUGUCUAUUUAUCAGUACUGACUGUCUCUU